UUCAGGUAAUGCUGGACCACCUGAAUUGCGUUUCGUUCAGCAGAAUUGCACCAUGGUGAUCCAUCGGAACAGCAGUCUUCGUUCCCAAUCAUCAUUAGGUAUCGGAGCAUAUUCUUGUGCUAAGCUUAGCCCGACUCGGAAUUUGACAUUGCUUUGUGAGAUUUCGAAGAAACGUUGCUGAUUGUGCAGUGUAUUUCCGAAAGGAAAGUCUGUUUCUAUAUUCGGAUCUCCUUGAUGAGUAGUCAUCAUCCCUUGUGAAAUCCCAGGUACCAAAGAUCAAGACGCUUUUGCAUUUACUUUGAAAUAGCUAGCGUUCAAGCAAGCACUCAGAUAGAUCAACGCGCGUUGAUCCGUGUUUUUAGAGCGUGAACAUUAAAAAGGCAAAAAGAAUCAGGAGUUCAGCGAAUCACAAAAUGAGCACAAGUCUCGAGACCGCGAUUCAGCAGGAUGUUACCGGGCCGUACAAUGCCACCGACGACACCACAACUCUGGGCCAUUGCCUACAUAAUCUCAUACAGCAAGCUACAGCAACACAUGCGGAUAAACUGGCCGUUAUCUGCGCCGAUCAAGAGUUGACCUAUAGAGAGCUUAACAUCCUUGCGAAUCGUUAUGCCUGCGUACUUAGACAGCGUGGUAUCGAGCAUGGUGAUCUCGUUGCGGUUGUCCUGGAACGAUCUGUCCAACUCGUCGUCAUGCUACUAGCUGUAUUGAAAGUGGGCGCGGCAUAUGUUCCUAUCGACCCAUCAUUUCCCCAGGAUCGUAUCCACCAUAUGCUGGAGGACGCGGAGCCAAAGAUCAUUGUUGUAGACAACACGACACAGGCCGCCAUGUCAUUCUGGAAUGGCUUUUCUCUAAACGUCGAGGCUGUUGGACAAAACUUUUCGGACUCCCCCGCCGAUUCAUACGAUCUUAACGUCGAUACAAGGCCAGGAGAUCUCGCCUAUGUAAUAUACACAUCCGGUUCGACUGGACUACCGAAAGGGGUAGAGAUCAGCCACGGAGCGCUGUGCAACUUGCUAUUCGGAAUGAAGCGCGAGCCGGGAUGUAGCGAAACCGAUCGACUACUAGCGGUUACUACAGUCUCUUUCGAUAUCGCCAUGCUGGAACUCUUCUUACCACUGAUAUGUGGGGCAACAACGGUUGUGGCCCAGGUGGAAGAAACGAGGGAUCCACGCGCGUUGCUGCGCCUACUCCAGCGCUACAGGAUUACCAUCAUGCAAGCCACUCCGGCCACGUGGCAAAUGCUGCUUGAUGUGGGUUGGGAGGAUGAAGCCCACUUAUCCAAGAUUAUAUGUGGUGGAGAGGCACUACCCCGGCGGCUCGCCGAGCGGUUGCUUCCGUGCGCAGAUUCGGUUUGGAAUGUUUACGGGCCGACAGAGGCGACCGUAUGGGCGACUGUGUGGCAGGUGUGCCCAGACCAGGCUAUCGUGAUAGGAAGGCCCAUCAACAACUAUCGGAUGUAUGUGCUGGACGAUGGUCUAUCACCAGUGCCCAUCGGAGCAGAGGGCGAAUUAUACAUAGGUGGCGCCAGCCUGGCUAGGGGCUAUUACAAGAAGCCUGAUACCACCCAGUCUCGCUUCAUCGACAACCUAUUCCACGAGGGCCUGAUGUAUCGCACAGGUGAUCUUGCGUGUUUUGAUACGCCAGAAAGCCUCCGCGUGCUAGGCCGCACAGAUGGCCAAGUGAAGAUUCGAGGAUUCAGGAUCGAGGUGGGCGACAUUGAAGCUGCCAUCACCGACCACGACGACAUCGCAGAGGCCGUUGUAGUCGCCCGAGACGGUAGGCUUGUCGCUUUCUGCGUGCGAAAUCAAAGCGUGCCAACAAACGGGCAAGCGACGAGUUUACUGACGAUUGACGGCGCGUUACGCCCAUGGCUAAAGUCACGGCUACCGCACUACAUGAUGCCCGCUUUCUUCGUUGAGCUAGACGCGUUUCCGAUGACACCAAAUAGAAAGAUCGACCGCAAAGCCUUGCCAAAUCCAACAGCAGUGAUGGAGCCGACCUCGGCAGAGCCGAAGCCAGAGCCAGAGACGGUUUUAGAAAGCAGUAUUCGCCUCAUUUGGUCAAAGAUCCUAGGCCACAAUCGCAUUGGAACGGACGAUAACUUCUUCGAGAUUGGUGGCGACUCGAUACGAGUGAUUAAAGUGCAGACAGAGUUGGAGCAACUUCUUGGUCGCCCGUUGACCCCAGCCAUCUUUUUUGAGCACUACACCAUCAAAGCACUGACAAAAUUUCUACAUGGCGCCCAGGUGAUUGGUCCAGAGCCCAUUCCCUUCAAGGGUCGUGUAUCAGACAAUGAGGGCAUAGCUAUAGUGUCUAUGGCGUGCCGCCUGCCGGGUGGCGUUACCAAUCCGAGCGAAUACUGGGAUUUGCUUGAACGUGGUGCUGAUGUUAUUACGAACGUUCCAAAAGAUCGGUGGGAUACUGAAGCCAUAUACGAUGCCGACUCGAACGCAAAAGGCAAGUCAUAUUGUCGACGAGGUGGAUUUCUCGACUCUGUGGACGACUUCGACGCCUCGUUCUUUGGCAUAUCGCCACGGGAGGCACGAGCCAUGGAUCCGUCGCAGCGCAUCGGACUUGAGACCUGUUGGGAGGGACUGGAGCGGGCUGGCUACACCACCGAAAAGCUUCUCGGCAGUAACACAGGUGUGUACAUGGGUGUCUGCACCAUCUCGGCGCAUUCUUCCUCUACACCAAGCUUAGGAGAACUCGACGGGUAUGCUAUUACGGGAUCCGCUGGAAGCACCUUGUCAGGCCGCGUUUCGUAUGCAUUUGGACUCGAAGGACCGAACAUGACAGUAGAUACUGCAUGCUCCUCGUCGCUGGUCACGACACAUCUGGCAUGUAAUGCUUUGCGUCAGGGGGAGUGUGAUCUAGCCGUUAGCGGAGGUAUCAGUCUACUGCUUAGCCCAGCCAUGCAUGUUGAGUUCAGUCGGCUCAACGGCAUGUCUACGGAUGGGAGGUGUCGGGCAUUUGCAGCGGAUAACACUGGCACUGGUUGGGCCGAAGGAUGUACCGUGGUUGUGCUGAAGCGGCUUAGCGACGCGAUCCGUGAUGAAGAUCGAAUCCAUGCGGUUCUACGCGGAACAGCCGUCAAUCAUGGAGGUCGAAGGGCUGCCGGACUGACAGUGCCAAGUGGAAAGGCCCAACAGCGGCUUAUUCAAACUGCGCUUGCUGCAUCACAACUCACAACGAACCAAAUCGACUAUGUGGAGGCCCACGGCACCGGCACAAGGCUAGGCGACCCUAUCGAAGGUGUAGCCCUGGCAGGUGUCUUUGGCGGCAGCCGUUCAGACGACGCGGAUCCACUCUGGGUCGGUUCCUCGAAAUCGAAUCUUGGGCAUACGCAAGCGGCGGCUGGUCUUGCUGGAGUAAUCAAAGUCGCCUUGGCCAUGGAGAAUAACAAACUACCACGAACGCUGCAUGCCAAAGAGCCAACUCCAGCUGUAAACUGGAAAGGUGCUCAAAUGGCGCUUGUGCAAAAAUCUCAGCCUUGGACUUCCAGAGUCGACCGACCGAGGCGAGCAGGCGUAUCUGCAUUUGGGAUCUCGGGAACGAACAGCCAUGUCAUUCUGGAGGAACCUCCAACGCCAAUCCCGGAAAUCAACGAAAGCAAUAUCGAAGCCACGGCGACGUCGCAGUCGUCUCUUUCGUCUCUUGACGUCGAGCUCCCUUUCCUCUUGUCGGGCCGCACUCAUGUCGCCUUAAUCCAGCAGGCUGAGAGACUCAAAUGCUAUAUCCAGGGCAUGGGAAGGCCUUAUGGCAAUCGUCUAAGUGACAUCGCAUUCUCGCUGGCUACAACUCGGACCAUGUUUGCAAAACGUCAUGUCAUAUGGGCAAAGAACGAGGACGCGCUGAUCGAGGAACUGCACUCAACAUCGCGAGUGUUGCCGGCAAGCACUCUUGGUAGUCCAAAGCCGCGCCUAGCCAUGCUUUUCACCGGCCAGGGUAGCCAAGCCUGCGGCAUGGGUAAAGACCUUUACGAAGUGUACCCAGUCUUCCGCACUGCGCUUGACGAGAUUGCUGCAAAUUUCUCAGAGCUUGAGACGCCACUGAUCGAUGUCAUGCAUUCUGCACCUGGUAGUGAUGCUGGUGCACUAUUGCAACGCACUGACUAUGCGCAGCCAGCUCUGUUCUCUCUCGAGGUAGCUCUAUACCAGCUAUGGACGAGCUGGGGAGUACAUCCGGAUAUACUUUUGGGUCAUAGCGUUGGUGAGCUGGUGGUAGCACACAUUGCUGGCAUUUUGAGUCUCUCAGAUGCCUGUCGCUUGGUUGCAGCCCGUGGCCGGUUGAUGCAGGCCGUGCCGGUUCAUGGCAGGAUGGUUUCAUUAGAGGCUAGCGCCGAAGAGGUGGAAGAGGCAAUAGAAUCAGUAGGCCUAGCAGGCCAGGUCGACAUCGCGGGUCGAAAUACGCCCAUGCAAACCAUAGCAUCGGGCGAUGCUGAUGCUAUCAUGAAGCUGGCUUCGGAUUUCGCCACCCAUGGUCGAAAGACGAAGAUGCUCGACGUAUCGCAUGCGUUCCACUCGCAUCAUAUGGACACUAUCUUGUCUGCUUUUCAAUCGGUGGCGCAGACGAUGACAUUCAACAAUCCACUACUGCCCAUAGUCAGCACCCUAACCGGUAAACUUUCCGAGUCAGGCCAGCUAGAAACACCAGAGUACUGGAUCCAUCAAGCACGCCAAGCAGUUCGCUUUACUGAUGGUAUUCAAACGCUACAUCAGCAGGGCGUAUCCGUUUUCCUCGAGCUCGGUCCCCGGCCCGUAUUGUCUGGCAUGGGAGCAGCAUGCCUUGAAAGCGAAGCGUCCGUCAGCUGGAUCCCGUCGCUCAUCCAUGGCAAAAAUGAUGUAUCAAAGAUACAGCGUAGCCUGACUGAUCUGCAUGUGCGCCACAUACAUGUCGAUUGGGCUGGUUAUCUGAACUCCUUUGGCCGCUGCCAGCGUGUGGAAUUGCCUACGUAUGCCUUCCAGAGGGAGCGAUUCCCGCCACUACGCAAGAACAACCUCGACCAGGGAGAGCAGCAUCGCGAGCAGCGUGACAGAGCCGAUACAACUGCCAGUCAUAAAUCCACGACAGAGGCUUCCGAGCUCGAAAUAUGUUGGCAACAGUACAAUACCAAUAGUACUACGGCUUCUGCCUCGACCGGCACAUGGGGGCUCCUUCGUCAAGCCGAAAGCACGGUAUCAUCAAACCAAAUAAUGACGAUUCUCUUGCAGGCCGGUAUUCGAGUGCGUUGGGUUGAAAAAUCCGAGUAUCCUGACAGUUGUCAUGACUUGGAUGGUCUCCUGUGUUUCUGGGAGACUGACGGUGAAGCCGACCAAGUACAUGAACUGACGAUGGAAGCUGUCUCACAUUUGCAACUGGCCACCAAUUCACACUCUGCCCCCUCUCUAGUGUGGAUCACACAUAACGCAAUCGGUACAGGCUCUGACGAUGCCCAGCUUGUGGGACUGCAGUCAGCUCCUCUAUGGGGUCUUAUACGAACCGCUCGGAACGAGCAUCCGGAGUUAGACCUACGCUUGAUUGACUUGGACAAUCUGGAUAUGAGCCAGCCCGGCCUCAUCUCAGCUUUAUCACUGCACCAAGAGCCGGAAUGCGCGGUUCGCCAAGGAAUUAUCCUAGUGCCUCGUUUACAGUAUGCACCUGCACUGCAUACAAAAUUGUUCGAAAAAGAACAGUUGCUCCGUUCAGAUGGAGCAGUCGUAAUCACUGGAGGUCUUGGGGAUCUAGGACGGCGUGUUGCCAUGUGGCUUGCCAUCACACACAACGUGCGUGAGUUGAUACUACUUUCUCGUCAGGGGAUGAAUACGCCAGGUGCGGACACAUUCGUGGAAGAGCUUGCUAGAGUCGGUUUCAGGGUCGAUGUGAUUGCUUGUGACAUAGCCGACUUCAGCAGCCUCAAGGAAGUCAUGUCUAUGUUUUCAAAGGAACGACCUCUCCGAGGAGUGAUUCAUACCGCUGGCUUGCUGGAUGAUGGAGCUCUCCAAGUUUUGACAACGGAACGGUUCGCCCGAGUUCUUGCACCCAAGGUACAUGGUGCUUGGAAUCUACACCGGCUCACGCAAGGGAUGGACUUGGACAUAUUCCUCAUGUUCUCAUCUGUAUCAGGUAUCAUUGGCACACCAGGCCAAGCAAAUUAUGCAGCUGCCAACACGUUUCUCGACGCACUUGCACAUUUACGUCACGCACAAGGCCUGCCGGCAUCCUCAAUCGCUUAUGGUCCCUGGGGCGGUGGAGGAAUGGCAGGAAGAUUGAGUGGAGCAAAUCUUGCGCGUUGGACACGAAUGGGCUUUGGCUUGCUUGAUCCGGACGAGGGCCUAGAGCUUACAGAAAAUGCUGUACGCAGCGGUCGGGCACUUACGGUGGCUGCUGUGCUGGACCCGAAUCGAUUACACACUUUCCUCUCCAAUAACGACCAGCAAGUUCCAACCCUUUGUAGCUCGCUCCUAGGCCAGAGCGGCGUCAAAGUACAACUUAGCGAGCCCGAGUCCAAUGAGCAGGAUCUCCGUGAAAUGCUAAGGCAUUCUGUAGUCCGAGAACACCCUGUAAUAGUGCUGCGAAUGGUACGGGCAACAGUUGCAAAGGCAUUGGCUUUUGCGAAACCGGACGAUGUGGAUCCAGACCAAGCAUUACAAGACAUUGGCAUUGACUCUUUAACAGCAGUCCUGGUGCGAAACCAGCUAGCGAAGUUGACAGAUCUGAAGCUGAGUGCAAGAUUUGCGUUCCAGUACCCGAACCUCAGGGCGCUCAGCCAGUUUCUCGUGGCCAGCCUCCAAGAGGACAUGGCAGAUUCAGAAGACGUAAGUGGUAGUGAACCCUCAACGUCUCUAACCUCCGUGGAAUCCGAAUCGGCGGCAAGCAUGAUUGACGUAGCUGCGAUCAAAAAGGGCUACUUGGAUCCCGCCAUCCACUUCCGAUCCACGCAGAACACUGAGACCCCCGGGACAGCUUUUGUCACAGGUGCUACUGGCUUCGUUGGUGCAUUCAUUGCAGGAAGAUUACUAGAAUUGGGCGUAUCUGUACAUUGUUUAGUACGCGCUGAGUCUACCCAGAUGGCCAGACAACGUCUAUUGGAUACCUUUAUUGGCCAACACCUUUGGAAGCCGGAAUACGAACCGCUACUCCACGCUGUCGUUGGCGACUUGACCCAGCCACUCCUCGGCUUAUCAGAAGAAAAGUUCGAGGACUUGGCAGACAGCGUGGACAGCAUUUGUCACUCGGGUGGUCUUGUCGACUGGGUUCGUCCGCUGAACGAUUAUCUUGGUCCCAACAUCGUGAGUACCCACGAGGUUCUGCGUUUAGCCUCUCAAGGCCGAGACAAAACCAUUCAUGUCAUCUCUACCAUGUCCACGUUACCCAAGUAUAUGGGUAUCGAGCUUAUAGAGGGGGAUGGCGAGUAUGGCUACGCAACCUCAAAGUACACGGCGGAACGCAUGGUAGCAGCGGCACGUUGGCGCGGCGCGAAGGCAUCUGUCUACCGCUUACCAUUUGUCACAGCCUCGACUAGCAGUGGCUGUUUCAGGCUUGAACGCGGCGACUUCAUGCACAAUUUCAUCUCCGGGUGUCUUGAAAUGGGUUCUUUCCCUUCGCUGGACGCCGAUCUCGCAGCCGUCCUGCCAGUGGAUUAUCUCGCUAACACGAUUGUUACUCUCAUGACACGCGACUUGGCCCGCAUCGGCAAGGACUACGACUUUGCUAACUCGCGUCCACUGAGUUUCAACGACUUCUGGGGGCUGAUGGGUGCCGCUAGUACUCAGCAGCAGAUUGUGGAUUUUGUUACAUGGCGUGAACGCGCAUUUGUAUAUGUUGCGACUCAUCCGAAAAGCUCACUGGCGCGCAUUAUAGCAUUGAUAGAUGGCGUCAACGAUGCAAAGAGUGCUGCUGCAUUCGUUACGGGGCCAAUGGUUGGUAGGGAUGUUCUUGGUGGUGAGGAUUACCCUGUGCCGGUGAUUGACGAGCAGGCAGCACAGAAGUAUGUGGCCCGCAUUAAUACUGUACGGGAAUCCGGUAGUUUUCCUUAGUUUUACUUUUGGUUUCCUUGGCUUCAGUAGAUCUCAGCAACUUUAUCUAGGUUAUCUUAUAUGAACUGGGGUAGUUCUUUAAAUGUUCCUGCUUUGGUGUGCUUCUAGAUAGUGAUCAGAUCGUGGUGAAAUUAUAUAAGCGCGCUUAAGGACCAUGACUGAAAUAUCCCAGAAGCGUGGAGG